AUUGACGUCAUCGACAGGCUACUGUUAUUGUCAGUGAGGCCACGUGUUUGUUUUCGUGCAAUUACUAUUCCUUUGGAAUUUAGUGCACCAGGCAAGAAAAAAUAAGCCUGUUUUCGUAAUAUUAUCCUGCAAUUAUAUUUUUUUUAUACAAAUUUCUAUCUAAGAACUGUAGUUUGACCCAUUUGAGAAGGCCUAAGCUUAAGACUAGUUUGCAAGUGGAAAUGCCUUCCAAAUGUAGUAUAAUUGGGUGUAGAUCUAAUUACAGAAAGGAAGAACAGCAUGUUACUGUUUAUACUUUGCCAAGAAAGGAACCAAAUAGGACAAAAUGGUUAGAUGCAAUUCCUACUGAUUUCUCUGGGUUGAAAAAUCCCAUGGUUUGUAUAAAACAUUUUGCUGAAUGUGAUAUUAUCAGAAGAGAGAGUUACUUUGUCAAUGGCGAACUGGUAUCGUAUCGUAGAAGGAUACCAAAAUUGAGGACCGGCGCUGUACCUUCCAUCUUUCCCAAAUUGGAAGACUGGUACCAGUAUACUGCGCAUUAUAGAAAUUGUAGAAUGAAGCAUAGGAAAAGGCCUAAGAAUGAACACUACUUGAGUAGUACGAAUAUUGUUGAACCUAAUUAUCUUAAUUCUCUUAUUAUCCCUUAUAAGGAAAUAGAGAACAAUAUAAAUUUUGACAUAUUUUCCAAUAAUGUAAAUGAGGAAAUUAUAAUUAGUGAUAAACAUGAAGAUAAUAUUGAUUUAAUGAUGGAAUGUAGUGAGGAUGUAUUAUCAGAGAUACAAGAAAAAGCAUUCUGGAAAAUUGAUCAAGAACUUUAUAACAAUUGUGAGAAUUUAGAAUUAGAAAAUGGUUAUAUACCUAAUAGUUAUGUGUCUGAUAGUUCAAUUGAAAAUAACUGUUUAAAAUCUAAAAAAACAUUUAAUUCUGUUUUACAUUGCAAAUCUAACUCUUCGCAAUCUCUAGUUCCUACUUCAUUAUCGUCUUUCGAAAAGAAAUCUCAGGGAAAGGAAGGUCAUAUUCCUCAAGUUUCCACAUUCUUGCCUAAUAACAAUUUACUACUCAAUACAGCAAAUACUACAAGGAAUCAAGUUAAUGAAAAUAGUUCUUGCUUGGUUUUCAAAUCGACAGACCGUACUCUGGAACCACCAGUCAUGUUUCUUCCAGAAGGCGUACUCAUUGAUAAUCCCAAUGCGUCUUUUCAACUUGUACAAACAUCUGAGCAGCUUUCCAAAUUAUUAUCCAAUACUGAUAUAAAAACUGAAAGGCAAUUAUUCAUUCCUGAAAAAUUGUUGGAGUCAGAAGCAUUCAAGACAGUUACAAAUGGAAAUGUUGAUACGCUAAUUGAAGGUUCAGAUAAGGAUAGCUCGGAAAGUUCUGAAAGGGAAAGCUCAGAAUGUGAAGUUCAACAAGAAAUAUUACAGAAGAGAAAAAACAAAGACAUUUCAAGCCCUAAAACAGUUAGGAAUGAAGAAAAACAGUUGAAAAUUAAAACUUGUUUACCAGAAUAUAAAACACAAAACAAAGAAAUUUUAAAAACUUAUGCUAAAGAACUUAUUGCUCUAGAAAGGCAUUAUUAUGCAUUUAAAGAUCCAAAUGAGAAGGAAUUGGAAAAUUUCAUGAAAGAAGAUAUUAUAAUAAAGUGUUACAUAUGCAAGAUUGUUCUACUGAAUAAUAUCAAAGUGAUGAAUCACAUUAACACCCAUAUUAAUGACCAAAGUCUAUGUGAUCUGCCUUUAGAUAAUCCAGUUGAAUGCAAUUAUUGCCUUAGUAAAUUUAACACUCCUUUUGAUUUGCAUUGCCAUUUACAGUCUGUUCACUGGAAUGAGGAUACAUUACUUUGUCGAAUAUGUAAUAUAAAUUUCCAUCAAUUUGAAGAUCUGUUAUCUCAUAUGAAAAUUUUGCAUAUUCAAUAUGAAAUGCCAUAUAGUUGUAAGCUCUGUCAAUAUCGUUCCUCUGUUUAUCAAGACAUCAUAAUACAUUUUUAUGAGACUCAUAACAGAACCGAAUGGAUGUUAUGUUACUAUUGUUUGAAAGUUUUCCAUAUAAAAUUGUCCAAAAAUGGAAUUGGCUACACAAAAGACUAUUUCUAUCACCUGCAAAAGCAUCAAUUGAAAACUGCAAUGAGAAAAUGUUCUCAUUGUUGUUUAAUUUUUCUUAAUAUUCAAGAACGUAAAGAACAUCAACUAAAUGAUCAUAUACCAAUGAUUUACGAGAAAGGAGUUCAUCCGUUCGAAUGCAUUUCCAACAAAAAUCAAGGUGAAAAUAUUGUUGAAAAACUAAACAAUGAAUUAAUUGAUACAGUAGAUACAUCGCAUAUUGCACUUUUUGAUUGCUGUGAAUGUGGUUACUCCAUAAUGCCUAAUCAUUUUGGAAAUUGUGUAACGUGUGGAUCUUGUCACUAUUCGACUUGUUGUCGUAAAGCUAUAGUUCAUCACAUGGUAAAUCAACAUUCGAAUGCAAAAAAAGUUACAGCAAGGAAAUUUAAAUCUGUCAGAUCAGAAUUUCUUAUGUUAUGUAAAUGUGGAUAUUCAUCAUAUAAUGGAAAUUUAACAGCAAAACAUUUAGUAGAAUGCAAUAAGACAACUUGCCGAGUUAUUCCUUCCUCUAAAAACAAUAUAUCGAUUAGGAAAGAAAUAAUAGACAAGCCUGUACAAGAGAGGACGUUCUCCCAAUCAUCCGCAGAAUAUAAAAUUCUGGAAGAAACCAGCGAAUCUGUAAAUAACAAUGAUGAUGAUAAACUAAAUAGAAAACCCUACAACAUUAUAAUUUUAAGGCACGUUCCAGAUUCUAGUAAAAUAGAAACAAAUUCUCAGAAGGAUGAUAACAUUUUAGGUAAAAUUUAAUAUUAAAAUAAAUGAUUUUAGAUUAUAGUUUGUUUAUUAUAGUAUUUUUAACUUAAAAAUAAUUAACAAAUUGGAGAAAAAUUGAAAAGAAAAAUA